AUGACCUCCACCUUCAAGUGGUUCGGACGGGCGCCCUUCGGGGUGCAGAGCCACAGGUUCGAUGUCUCUGGUGUUUAUCCCCAAAGAAAGAAACUCAGCACCUUCACAGAGGCUCCCUACUCCAGACAACAUUCCGUGGAUGUGUCCCAUAUAGGACCUGGGGCCUACAACUGCACAGAGACCUGCUUCAGCAAAAAGAAGCUGAAGAAGGAAGUGGGCACAGGAUGGGCCCGGGCUCUGGAAGCUACCAGGCUGACCCAGUUGCCUCACUUCCAGUACCAGGCCAUCAUGAAAGAGAGACAUAAGAAGGAGUCGAAACUAGGACCUGGCUGCUACAAUUUCAAAGACUUCUUAGAAGAGCUACAGCAGAAACCAUGUAGCACUCGGGGGCUUCUCAGCUCUGGGGAGAUCCGGUUCCGAGGCCUCAUCGGGAACUUCUACCCAGGCCCUGGGAAUUAUGGGGAGAAAGGCAAUCCAUACACGCGGCUGGAGGAAAAUGCCUGGAACCGGUCCCAUUCUGAGGGCCUCAUGUGCAGGAUGUCCCACAAGCCACCCAGCUCCAGUGAUGAGGGGAGUGGUCUGGGACCCGGCACCUAUACCAUCAAAGACGGCAUCGAGUUAUUCCUGGAAAAAGCCACCACCACCCGCGGCCCUUACGACCUUUUCUCUGGUGAUCGAAGCAAGCCUUUGCCUUAUGGACAUUAUUCUGUGCAGAAAAAAAAGCCAAAGGAACCAUCAGAUUUCAAGAGCUUCCUGGAAGAUCUUAACUCAUGCUGCCAUAAGAAGCAUGGCAUUUUUUCAAAAAUGCCUCGUUUCCCGAAAACUCCAACAGAGAGGAUUUAUUGGACUACCGUUAGCCAGUACCCUCGAAACCCAGCCACAUCUGGCCCUGGCUUCUUCGUCCCUCGAGAACCAACAUCCAAACAUGUCAACUCACCACCAUUCCUCCUGACCUCCAAGCGGUCAAAGGCUUCCAUGAUGGUUAUAGGAAGCUGGAACCCAGUAGCAGUGGGCCGCUACCUUAACACCACCCUGAUGGAGAGCAAGGACAGAAGGCAGCGAUACCGGUCCCUGUACCUGGCUCCAGCUAAGCGCUACCCUUUUAAUCCGGUCCGCGACAGGCUCUUGAAGGAAAGGAUCACACCUUUCACGAAGGGCAAGUACCAACCAACUGUGGAUCACAGUUCAGAUCCUGCUCCUUAA